AUGUUCUCGGUGGCUCAGAAACUGAAAUUAUAUCGUGCAUCCCUUUGUCAUUGGAACAGGGAUCAAUUUCAAGGAAAACAUCGUGAGAUCCAACAGCUCAAAAUUAAAUUAGAAGAAAUUUAUGAGAAUCCUCAGAUUGAGGAGAAUUGCCAAAAUGAGCAAUUCAUCUUAAAUCGCUUGAAAGAUCUGUGGAAUAGAGAAGAAUCUUAUUGGAAGCAGAGAUCUCGCAUUCAAUGGUUGAUAGAAGGGGAUAGAAAUACAAGGUUCUUCCAUGUUUCUACAAUUCAAAGGCGACAUCGAAAUUCUAUAGUGAAACUCCAGAAGGUUGAUGAUGAAGAAAUCAAAAGAAUAGUUUUUGAUUUAGGAGGGCUAAAAUCUCCUGGUUCUGAUGGGUUCCCAGGGUUGUUUUACCAAAGGAGUUCGGAUGUAGUGGAAAAUGAUAUAUGUAUUGCAGUUCAAAGUUUUUUUGCUUCUAGACUGAAACCUAUGAUGGAUGCUCUCAUUUCCGUUGAUCAAACUGCUUUCAUUCCUCAUAGAUCCAUUCAAGAUAAUAUUGUUAUUGCCCAUGAAGCUCUAUCUUGUCUUAUAUCCAAAGCUCAUCAAGAUGGUUUUCUAAAAGGGAUUCAGCUAGCUAGAAGAACACCUGCUCUCACUAACUCUCUCUUUGCAGAUGACAUUCUUUUAUUUGGUAGAGUUACCAGAGCAGAAGCUAUGGCUACUAUGGAUAUAAUUUCUAAGUACUCUACUGCUUCAGGACAACAAGUUAACGUUCAUAAGUCAAGCAUAUUCUUCAGUAAGAGAACUCCUGGUCGAUCCAAAACCCCAGCUCUAAAUUUCUUGAAGGAAAAAAUUGAGGCAAAAACUCAGUCUUUGAAGCAAAAGCUUCUAUCCCAAGAAGGCCGUGAAACUCUUAUUAAAGUAGUGUUAUGCGCCAUUCCUAUGUACACAAUGUCUAUCUUGAAGCUGCCCAAGAAUUUCUGUUCUCAGCUCAAUAGUUUGGUAGCUAAUUUCUGGUGGGGAAAAUUGGACCAGGAAAGGAAAAUGCACUGGAUUAGCUGGAAAUCUACUUCAAAGUUGAAGUCUAAAGGGGGGAUGGGCUUUAAAGAUUUUGAAUUGCUUAACUUAGCGUGUUUAGCUAAGCAGAGCUGGCGAUUGAUUAAUCACCCAAAUAGCUUAUGGGCUAGAGUGAUAAAAGGGCUUUAUUUUCCAAAUUCAUCUUUUUGGAAUGCUUCAGCCUCUAAAAAGAAUAAAUCCUGGAUUUGGCAAAGCUUAUUAGCUAGUAGAGAUGUUCUUAAAGAAGGGUUCAGACAUAAUAUAGGAGAUGGGAGUGAUACUCUUGCUUGGUUUGAUCCAUGGAUUCCUCUUAUUCCAAAGUUUAGAGUGAAUCAUCUAGCUCAUUGUUCGACAAAUAUUAAUAAGGUUGCUAACCUCAUUGAUCACACUUCUCUCAAAUGGAAGAUGGAUUUAAUUGACAAUUUAUUUGAGGAGGAAGUAGCUCAGGCUAUUAAGCUUAUUCCAAUUGCUCCUAUGGGAUCUAGUGAUACUUAUGUAUGGCAUUUUGACUCUUCAGGUAAUUAUUCUGUUAAAUCGAGAUAUCGAUUCUUGGUUGAAAAGCAAAGAGUUAGUAAUCCUCAAAUACCCUCUCAUCAAUGGGCAGAGCCAAAUCCGCAGCAAUUGGCAAUGCCUCUCUUUACAAUGGGCGACAGUCUCACUCAAUGA